AUCGAUGAUGCUUAUGUUUCUGUUGCCAUUACAGGACUGGUGAAGAUCCUGAAGAAGUAUGACAAAAGAACUGGGGCUCUGAUCCGUCUGCCUUUCAUCCAAAAUGUUUUGCUUCAGCCUUUCUUCACCACUGACCUCCUGUACAAGCUCGUGAAGGAGUGUGAGGCCAUGCUUGACCAGCUCCUGCCAUCAAACAAACCAUCUGCAUCAGUCGAAGAGGGAAAUGAAGAUGGCAACACUGCGGACCAGCCUCUGAACCCCAGUUCUUCCUUGGUUAACAGCAGAUGUAUUCCAGAGCUUGAUGAGAUUGAGUUCAUGGAGAGCAUGUACAUGAAGAGCACGGUCGCCGCGCUUAGGGCUCUGAAAGAGAUCCGAAGCAAAAGCUCGACAGUCAGUGCUUUCUCUUUGCCACCUCUUCAGGGCAACAGUGCACCCGAAGAGCAGGAAAGGUGGACCAAGAUAUCUGUGAUCGAGCAGGCUGCGAAAUGACAUGACUGACCGACAGACACACGGCACCUCUUACUCUUAAUGUUCGCUGGAGAUGCAACCAGGACCUCACCUGUUUCAUUUCAGUAAUUUGUAUAAUUCGACGAUUCCUAACAGCUGUAAAACGGUGGAAAUGUUCAGUGUACAUUGUUAAAUCAUAUAAUGCCAUCGAAACCAUCAGAGUGAA